AUGGCGGACAAUAUUGAAAGUAAAGCUACGGUCGCAUCGGAAGAGAUAGAAGCGGAAGAAUGCCAAGAAGAUGUUCCAGAGGAAGGAAAGAUUAUUCGGAAAGACGAAAAAUCGAGGCUAAAUGUGGAGGUGCUCGAUGACGCGGAAACUGUGACGUUAGAACAACCAGUUUAUCAAAUACGUCCGCAGUUACACGAGAAGUUUAAACCGUUAAACGCUAAAGAAGUUAUACAUAAUGUGCUAUUUGAUCAGCUUUCUGCGAAAACUUACGAUGCUCAGGAAGCAGCUCAGUGGACUAAAGAUAUAGCGGAUUUAAUUAGAGAGAAAGUUAAAGAGUUAAAGUUCAAACGUUACAAAUAUAUUGUAAAUGUCGUUUUGGGCGAGCAGCAUGGUGCUGGGGUGAAAAUGGGUACAAGAUGUAUUUGGGAUGCAGAAGCAGAUACGUACGCGUAUGAUAGUUUCUUGAAUGUAAGAGUCGCACAGUUAAUUUUAGUAUCUUAA